GGGUGGCACGCACCACUUGACAAUUGAACGUUGUGUUGACGUGUUGAUUUGUGGGUGGAUCGAAAGGGGUUAACUUUCCCAGCCGAAAAAGUGGAACGCCGUGAGCAUUUGCACGUAGUUGGGGCAAUUCCAAGGUGCGGAAUGUGUCGUGCUCGGUCGUGCAAUCGUACCGAAUGUUACAACAUCCGUGAAAACAAAAGCUUACUCUGCUUUCUUCACCUCACAUCACAGUCGUGGUUUGUUGGAGACAGUGCUAAAGGUGGUACGAUAUCGGCAAAACAAUCGCACGUACCGUGAAUCGUGAGCAGUUGUAGCGUAAUCCGCCCAUUUUCCGGGUUUUAUUUACUACUGCCAAAAGACAAAACAAUCAACAACAGCGUUCCGGUGGUUUGUGUGAAGUAAUUCGUACUGUUCAUUCAUUUGGUAAACAGCAGCCCGCGGCUCGGCACCGGAAUUGGUCCCACCUCGCGGGGCACAUAAAAAAGGGGGCGAAGGGCAAAACAAACAAACAAAACAUCCAAACGUAACAAGUAGCCCCAUUUUCAGUGUCAAUGGCACCUUGGCGAAGGCUUUCCGUUGGCCGGAUGACACGGUUACACUACUUCCAGUGGAUUGUGGUUUGUUUCGGGGUGUUGCUGGGCUUGGCAAACCAUUCGAGCGGAUAUUUCUAUACGGAUAGCAGUGCGGAGGUUAGCGAUGAACGGUUUUGCUUCUGCCAGCUCCAAGGAACGAUCGAUGACUGUAGCUGUAAUAUCGACACGGUGGAUUACUACAACAAUGUAAAAAUCUAUCCCCGCCUGCAGAGCUUGCUGGUGAAGGAUUUCUUUCGCUACUACAAGGUGCACCUGAACAAAGAGUGCCCGUUCUGGGUCGACGACAGCAAGUGCGCGAUGCGGUUCUGCCAUGUGGAACACUGCGAGGAGAAAGAUAUCCCACCGGGGCUGAAGGGCGACGCGUCCUCUUAUCAUAAGUACAUAAAAGAGGUGCAAACGUUAACGAACUGCAACGAAGACUUGGACGUGGAGCUGGGUUACCUUAACACUAGCAUCAGCGACAAGGCACACAAAGAGUUCCAGCGAUGGGCCGACUAUGACGAAGCGCAAGACAAUUUCUGCAUACUGGACGAUCACGAGCCCGGCGCACAGUACGUCGAUCUGCUGCUGAACCCGGAACGCUACACCGGCUACCGGGGCGAAUCGGCGCGGCGCAUCUGGAGCAGCAUCUAUUUGGAAAACUGUUUCCAAGCACAUUCCGUGAAGAAGAAAAAUGCUUACUCGGCCAUGAUUCCCUACCAGGACAUGGCACGCAAUGAGGUAUGCCUGGAGCAUCGGGUGUUUUACCGCAUGAUCUCCGGCCUGCAUUCGAGCAUCAACAUUCAUCUGUGUGCCAACUAUCUGCUGUCGGAGAAGGGUUCGUUUGGGUUUGUCGCACCGACCGGCGUGUGGGGCCCGAAUAUGGAGGAGUUCGAGCGUCGCUUCAGCCCCCACAUGACCGACAACGAAGGGUCACACUGGCUGAGGAAUCUGUACUUUGCCUACCUGGUGGAACUGCGCGCCCUAGCGAAGGCGGCUCCGUACUUACGAAACGAGGAAUAUUUCACCGGUCUCGAGAAGGACGAUCGGGAGGUGAAAACGGCCGUCAAAGACCUGCUUACCGUGAUCGAAGGCUUUCCGGCACAUUUCAAUGAGACGGCCAUGUUUAGCGGUGGCACGUCGGCGAUCAAGCUGAAGCACGAGUUUCGGGAAAAGUUUAUGAACAUCUCGAAGAUAAUGGACUGCGUCGGGUGCGAUAAGUGCCGGCUGUGGGGAAAGCUGCAGGUGCAGGGAAUGGGAACGGCGCUGAAAAUUCUAUUCUCCGGGAAGUUUGACGACAAAAUCGAUACUGGGUUGGGCACAAGGGUGAAGCAGCAGCCGCCGUCGUUGAGGUUAAAGCGCGGUGAAAUUGUGGCCCUGUUCAACGCCUUCGGAAGGCUCUCGACAAGCAUCCACGAAUUGGAAGAGUUCCGGCAGCGAAUGCGCUGACCGAACGCGCAGUGUCCGUCGCGUUUUAUCCCCGCAAAAGACUAAAACCCCGUACCGGUGCAACAACCUUGUGAUGAAACUUGACUUUAACUCCCGAUCCCGAUUCAGUGAUUUCCGGUGGUUCGUUUACGAUGUAAGGUUUGGAGGAAUUGUACUUGUUAAAGAUGGCAGCGUCAAUCAAUUGUUUACUGUUUUAAAGUGUGGCUAUUUUUGUGUAUGAUAGAAAACAAACAACUUCCGAUGUACUCAAUAGCUAACGGAGAGUACUCGUGUGUAUGUGUGUGUCCCCGUGUUUGUACUGAUCUUGAAGAUCGCAAUGAUAUUUAUCAAGUAACAGUGUGCUGCCCUCCGCAAUACAUCGAACGAAAUUGUACAGUUGUUCUAGAAGUAUACCUGCACACGA